AUGCUGCUGCUAAGGCAAGCAAGAAUAGCGACUAGGCACCGCCAGUGUGCUGGGUUGCGAUAUGCUGUCAGCUCAAGCACAUGGCGCCGAAAUUUACUUACCCUUGCGAUUGAAAGCUCUUGCGACGACACCUCGGUCGCACUCGUCGAAAAAAUCAACAACCCCGACCAAUCGGUAACCGCAAAGGUCCAUUUCCUCCAGAAUAUCACUGCGAACACCCAGAAAUACCGCGGAAUCCAUCCUAUCGAGACGCUACUAUCGCAUCAAGAACAUCUUGCAAAGCUCAUACAAAGCUCAUUGGAAUCAUUGCCACUUGAGCAGCAACAACAAAGUCCAAGCGGAAAUGGAGAGCAGUCUGCGGUAAUGCGGCGUUUGCCAGACUUUAUUUCUGCAACAAGAGGCCCAGGAAUGAGGUCGAAUCUGUCGGUGGGGCUGGAUACAGCAAAGGGCCUAGCAGUUGCCUGGCAGAUUCCCCUGGUAGGCGUUCAUCACAUGCAAGCGCAUCUCUUGACACCUAGACUCGUCUCGGCUAUGGAGGGUGGUGGUGAUGCUAGCCCAACCACAACGCAGCCCGAAUUCCCGUUUAUUUCCAUGCUCAUUUCAGGGGGGCAUUCUAUAAUAGCUAAUUCGAAAUCCUUACUUGAUCACGAUAUCCUCGCGACGACGGUCGACAUUGGCAUGGGCACGGCCCUCGACAAGGCUGCGCGUCCUAUACUUCCACAGUCCAUGUUGGAAUCGACAACUGGUACCAUGUAUGGCAAACUGCUGGAACAGUUUGCCUUUCCAAACGGCCCUUCGGACUAUGCGGACUAUCAACCACCAAAGAGCCGUGGGGAAGAGACAGAACAGCGUGAAAAUAAAUGGGGGUGGUCGAUUACUUCUCCGUUUGCCAAUACCAGAGAGCUAAAACUCAGUUUCUCGAAUGUCGAAAGCACAGUGACCAGAAUACUGGCUGCCAAGAAAGAAGCUGGCGUUGAAAUGUCCGAUGACGAGAAAAUAGACCUGGCUCGUGAGGUGAUGCGUGUUUGCUUCGAGCACCUGGCGUCUAGGAUGGUCAUCGCACUAGAGGGCUUAAAGGGACAACCACACGUUCCUAGCAGUAAAAUCAAACUCCUUACUAUCAAGCAGAGGCUAUACAGGUCUAGCAAAAGACACGAUAAAAUUCGCACACUCGUCCUCAGUGGCGGCGUCGCUUCAAACGGCUUUCUUAUGAAGGUUCUGCGCUCAUUUUUGGAUGCUAGGGGAUUCAAUCAUAUCCAAAUCAUCUCACCACCUCCAGUUUUGUGUACGGACAACGCUGCCAUGAUCGGAUGGGCCGGCCUGGAAAUGUAUGAAGCUGGCUGGAGAACAGAUCUGAGUGCCAAGGCGAUCCGAAAUUGGACUCUCGAUUCACAAGAGCCUGAUGGUGGCAUUCUAGGACCAGGUGGUUGGAUAAACAAAGAUGCAGCAACGUGA